AUUCAUUUUAUAGUUGUUCAAAGUUUCAAACUUCAAAUACGUGGUUGAGAAGCAAAAUAUAGCUUAAUGGAUAAUCUUCUGUACGUUAGCAAAUAGCAAUUCCAAUCAGAUCGACAAGCCUCCGUCUACAGAAUAGAAACGACCCCGACCACGUCGCGUCAGUAACUUCCAUUUCCUAGAAGUCUUGUACGCGAAGUGAUCCUUCCGCCAUUUCCAACUUCUUCAGCAAUUAUUGAGUGUAGGCUGAAUAAAAUAUCGGCUUUUGAUAGAUCUUUGGUGUUCGUGUUUGGUUGAGUUGCAAUUUUGGUCAUCUUAUUGAUCUGGUGCUUUUGGGAUCAGGGACCAGAAUCUCUUUGUCGGUCUUAACAAGUUUGAAACGACGAUUCUGAAAUGAGUCAGAGAGGCUUAAUAUAUAGCUUUGUUGCGAAAGGAGCUGUUGUUUUAGCAGAGCACACAUCGUACUCGGGGAAUUUUAGCACUAUUGCGGUUCAAUGCUUACAAAAGCUGCCUUCGAAUAGCAGCAAGUACACAUACUCAUGCGAUGGGCACACAUUUAACUUCCUCAUCGAGAAUGGGUUUGUUUUUCUUGUUGUUGCGGAUGAGUCGGUUGGGAGGAGUGUGCCUUUCGUGUUUCUUGAACGGGUGAAAGAUGAUUUUAAGCAGCGCUAUGGUGCAAGUAUAAAAGAUGAGGGUCCGCACCCACUUGCUGAUGACGAGGAUGAGGAUGAUGAUCUAUUUGAAGAUAGAUUUAGCAUUGCAUACAAUCUUGACAGGGAAUUUGGGCCAAGGCUUAAGGAGCACAUGGAAUACUGUAUGAACCACCCAGAAGAAAUGACUAAGCUUGCCAAAUUGAAGGCUCAAAUAUCUGAGGUGAAGGGGAUUAUGAUGGACAAUGUCGAGAAGGUUUUGGACCGUGGGGAGAGGAUUGAGUUGUUGGUGGAUAAAACAGAAAAUUUACAGUUCCAGGCUGACAGCUUCCAGAGGCAAGGCAGGCAACUUAGAAGAAAGAUGUGGCUGCAGAAUCUUCGAAUGAAGCUCAUGGUAGGAGGAGCAAUCCUUGUGGUGAUUGUCAUAGUGUGGCUAAUGGCCUGUAGAGGUUUUAAAUGUUGAUGGAUAAAAAGCAAAAUGGAAUCAUCAGAGUAGCAUCUUGGCUGUUCUUUUCCUGUUAUAGGGUGUACAAAUUGUUAUCAUUCCUGUAGAUGGAGACUGGUGUUGGAAAUUAAAACCUUACUGCCUGUAUUACCCUGUAAUUAAACCUUGUAAUGUCUGAUGGUCUUGUUAAUCAGUUCCUAAUAUGAGAUGAUAUCUAUUGAGUA